AUGAGAAUCUAUGUCCAUCUGCUGCUUCUCUUCGUGGUCAUAUCUACUAUUUUACUCUUGGGUUCCUGUCAAACAACUCCAAGCAGCAAUAACGAGGACCGAGAGGCUCUCCUUGAUUUGAAAUCCUUCAUCACCAGUGACCCCUCAGGGGCGCUAUCAUCAUGGGGGAAUGGCUCGUCGGAGUGCACAUGGACAGGGGUGACGUGCAAAUCUAAACAAGGUGGCAGGGUCACAGAGCUGGAUCUCAGGGACCUCAACUUGGUUGGAACUAUUAGCCCUCACAUUGGCAAUCUCACAGCUCUACGUUCCCUGUACUUACAGGAGAAUCACUUUGCCGGUAACAUUCCUAACCAUCUCGGUAGGCUUCGUCAGCUCCAAAUGCUAAAUCUUAGCAGCAACCUUCUUACCGGAACCAUUCCCCCGGCUUUCACAAACUGCACUGGUCUCAUGACCAUCGAUUUGUCGGGGAACGUCAUUUCUGGUGGAAUCCCUGCAUCCAUCCAUCUUCUUCGGAAGCUUCGGAUCCUAAACAUGGGGAAGAACCAGCUAGAUGGCAGUAUUCCCUCAUCAAUUGGUAACCUGUCACUGCUAAGCAAUCUUGAUGUCAAUACAAACAACCUCACCGGUAAAAUGCCCGAAGCAAUGGGCGGACUGGAUCAUAUCCAGCACCUGCAGCUCUCCAUAAACAACCUAAAAGGCAUGGUUCCCAUGCAACUUUACAAUCGCUCUAUGCUUGUUUUCUUUGCAUUUGCAAAGAAUGACCUUCAUGGUGAGAUUCCGAGUGAUAUUGGUUUUCGGCUCCCAAACCUAAGUGUGUUCCACACUUGCUUCAACAAGUUCAGUGGUCCGAUCCCACCGUCCCUCCACAACGUGACCAAGAUUGAGAGCAUAAGGAUGUCCAACAACCUGUUUACCGGCUCAGUGCCACCGGGUCUUAACAGACUCCAUAAUCUUGUCAUGUACAACAUUGGCUUCAACCACAUAUCAGACACCACAGCCAUCAUUACAGACCUAACAAACUGCACUAACCUGCAAUUAAUCGCCCUCGAUGAGAAUCUCAUCGAGGGAUCACUGCCUGCUUCAUUUGGCAACCUGUCAAGUUCCCUUGUAAAGCUAUACCUUGGUGGCAACCGGAUAAAUGGUCGAAUACCGCCGGCCGUAGGAAGUUUAACAUCCUUAACAUUGCUCAACAUGAGUUACAACCAACUCUCUGGGAGUAUCCCAUCAGAGAUAGGUCGUCUCAGCCAGCUGACAGCGCUUGGGCUUGCCGGGAACAAACUAUCAGGGCUACUCCCAGCGGAGAUUGGGCACCUUACUGCACUCACAAGACUAGAGAUGAGCAAGAAUGAGUUGGUUGGUAGAAUCCCAGACGAGUUGGGUCUCCUCCAACGUGUUCUUUUGCUGGAUAUAUCAAGCAACAAACUCCAUGGGGACAUUCCUGCCUCCCUCUUUGCACUCAGGAGCCUUAGUUCUGUUCUUAAUCUGUCACAUAAUUCACUUUCUGGAGCAUUAAGUGAGACCAUCGGCCAGCUAGAGAAUAUCAUCGCCAUUGACCUCUCAGACAAUUUACUCAACAGCAGUAUCCCACUCUCGAUAGGGCAGUGCCGGAGCCUGCAAGCACUAUCCUUGAGCAGAAAUGCCAUGUCAGGAGUGAUCCCUGACAGUAUUGGGAAUCUUAGAGGUUUGCAAAGCCUAGACCUUUCAGACAACAAUUUAACUGGUACCAUACCUGAAAGCCUAGCGAAGCUGCCUCUUCAACUAUUAAACCUUUCGAUGAAUGACCUAAAUGGGUUGGUUCCAAGCAGUGGAAUCUUCGAGAACCACUCCAUUGUUUACCUCUACGGAAACCCAAACCUUUGCUACUCAAGUUUAGCAUGCUACCAUUCGCAAUAUUCCUCCCAAAGUCGAAAGAAGCACAUAGUGACUGUGGUGGUUGCUGCAUCAGUAGUAGCUGCAGUUUCCAUCCUUGUAUUGGUUAUUGUUAUGUUGAGCUGGUCCCGGAGAUUUUUACCAAAGGCAAAGGCAGGAGCGACACACAGCGGUGUUAACAUCAUAGCAAAUCACCCACUUAUUUCAUAUGAAGAGCUAUUUCGUGUGACCAACAACUUUGACCAAGCAAACCUCAUCGGUGUUGGUAGCUUUGGUUUGGUCUACAAAGCUGUACUACAUGAUGGAACACCAGUGGCCAUCAAAGUACUAGACCAAUCCAAGGUGGGAGCACCGAAGAGCUGGGUUGCAGAGUGUGAGACUCUCAGAAAUGUCAGGCACCGUAACCUCAUCAAGCUGGUCACAGUUUGUGCAAGUGCCGAUUUUGCCGGCAACGACUUCCGCGCUGUGGUUUAUGAGCUAAUGAGCAAUGGAAGCCUGGAGGACUGGAUCCACCAGCGUAAACGCCAUGAGGAUGGGACUGGGCUCAGUGCUGAAGAGGUGCUCAACGUAGCCAUUGAUGCUGCCAGCGCGCUGGAGUACAUGCACAAUGACUGUGGGGGACAGGUGGUGCACUGUGACAUCAAACCUAGCAAUGUGCUGCUGGAUGGAGAUAUGGUUGCAAAAGUGAGUGACUUUGGUUUGGCCCGGUUAUUAGCUCCAGUGCAACCAGAACAACAAUCAGUUUCCAGUAUUCAUGGACUCAAGGGCUCCAUUGGAUACAUUCCACCUGAAUAUGGAUAUGGGAGUAAACCAUCCACAAGAGGUGAUGCCUACAGCUACGGCGUAAUGCUCCUCGAGAUGAUCACUGGCAAGAGCCCUCUCGAACAGAACUUUGGAGGGGAAAUGAAUCUCAUAAAAUGGGUGCGAGAUAAUUUCCCCCGUCGAGCUCACGAAGUAAUUGACAAGCGACUCAUCAGCACUGCAAUUGAUGAUGCCUCCUUAGAAAGGUUGCAGGAAAGUGACACCAAGCAGCUGCUACUGAACUGCCUGUUAAUACCCAUGAUGGAAGUGGCCUUAUCUUGUGUUGUCGAGGCCCCGGACGAACGAAGCAACAUGCAUGAUUCGCUACUAAGGUUGAAGCAAACGAAGGUGACUUUCUUGCGCAAUUGCAGCAUCAGCAGAGGUUGA